GCCCAUAAGAGACCAUAUAGAUCUCGCGGCGUCCCUCCGACUGGUGCAGCGGCAGAGGGGUUGGUCACAGUGCUGAUCGGACUGAAGAGACGAUGAUCGUUUGCGUUGCAGUCGUCGGCCACCAGAAUAAUCCCUUAUACAUACAGAGCUUCACGGAAGCAGAUGAUGCCCUCAAGCUUCACCACAUCGUCCACUGCUCCCUUGACGUCGUUGACGAAAGAGUGAACAAUCCGAAAAAAUCUGGCCCCACUCUGAAUGAGACAUUUCUUGGUAUGCUGUAUCCGACUGAAAAUUACAAAGUGUAUGGUUAUCUGACUAACACAAAGGUCAAGUUUAUAUUGGUUACAACGGAUCUGGACGUCCGGGAUGCAGAUGUUAGAAACUUCUUCAGGAGGUUCCAUGCUGCUUAUGUUGAUGCAGUAUCAAACCCGUUUCAUGUCCCUGGGAAGAAAAUAACCUCAAGGGUUUUUGCAGAUAGAGUCAGCAACAUUGUCCAGUCUUUUGGAUUUAGUCCAACUGGGUGAUGAUGCACAAAUGUCGAUAUAGUUACCUGUAGCAGCAACUCUCUGUUAUUUGCUGGGCCAUUUACUAGUAAUUCCAGCUUGGUUAAUUUUGCUGGUCAAUUGAUUUCAGCUGUAUACCUGGAAAGGAAAUGUAAAGAAGUCUAGUCCUUAUUUUGUAGCAACAAAAUAGGUGUGGACCUUUAUACUAUACUUACAUAUUCUCUUUUUAAUUUUCCUCGACAAAAUACUUUGACUUGCAUAUCA